AUGGCCACCACAGCUUCGGCUCACUACAUUCCGAGGAAUAACUCGCUCCAUUCUAACUCUUUGGUGCAUCCGGACUCUGACAGGAUGCAUCCAGGAACUACCUAUAGAGAAGUUCAGAAAAUGGUGCAAAAUGACUACUUGCAUGGGCUGGCCAGCAAUGGGCACCCCAUCACGCACAGCCACCAGUGGCUGUCUUCUGUCACUGACGGGACACCUUGGGUCACCGCUUCUCACCUCGGACAGCCAGACCCAGCAAAGGCAAAUGUGCAGACAGCCAGGGAUGACCUUGGGAACAGCCUUCAUCACCGAACACAUCAUAUGGUCCAUCAACAGACUCAUGGCAACCACCCUGGCGGCGCCUGGGGGCCGGCGGCGGCGCAUCACAUCCCGGGGAUGCCACCUUCGACCAAUGGGCACCAGCCCCUCAUCUACUCGCAGCCAGGGUUCACCAGCCUCAACAGCAUGCUGGGCCCACAAAGCCAGUCUCUACACCAUGGCAUGACGGACGCUCUCCAUGAAGAUCCGGGUGGCCAUGACAACCACCAGCAGCAUCCUCCGCAGCAUCACCAGGACCACUCGGACGAAGAUGCGCCCACGUCUGAUGACCUGGAGCACUUUGCAAAGCAGUUCAAACAAAGGAGGAUCAAGCUCGGUUUCACGCAGGCGGACGUAGGCUUGGCUCUGGGCACUCUGUACGGCAAUGUCUUUUCCCAGACCACCAUCUGCAGGUUUGAAGCCUUGCAGCUCAGCUUCAAAAACAUGUGCAAACUGAAGCCCCUCUUGAACAAAUGGCUGGAGGAGACUGACUCAACCUCAGGGAGCCCCACCAGCAUAGACAAGAUAGCAGCCCAAGGGAGGAAGAGAAAGAAGCGGACGUCCAUUGAGAUAGGAGUGAAGGGGGCUUUGGAGAACCACUUCUUAAAGUGCCCCAAGCCAUCAGCUCAUGAGAUCACCAGCUUGGCUGACAGUCUGCAGUUAGAGAAAGAAGUGGUGAGAGUUUGGUUUUGUAACAGAAGACAAAAAGAAAAGCGGAUGACCCCAGCCGGAAUCCCCGGCCACCCAGGAAUGGAGGAUGUAUAUUCACAAAGGGACACUCCGCCGCUUCAUCACACACUGCAGUCCCCUGUUCAAUGACUGUUCCAAACACACACCCACUUCCCACCAAGAAAAAAAGACUAAAAAAAAUUAAACUGGAUUUUACAAAGCAAAAAAAAACUGUCUGAAAAGGGAUUUAGCCAGUGUUGCAGAGACUGUUUAGCACUGGACUGUACUUAUGCUUAGGAAAGAGGGAGAACACACAUUUCAUGCAUUUCUUGUGGUAAAUCAAGUGGUUAUUUCCCCCUGCUGUAGAACAAAGCUUCCUCCCCCGUAAUUAAUUGACACGGAUAAUUUGCAAAAGUUGUAACAAAAAUAAUCGUUUUCUCUGCAGAAUUGUUUCAGGGGAUUCCUUAAGGCAGCGGUUUCUCUA